ACAGCUGGUGGGACUCCGCGCAGAGAGCCGAGGUCGAUGGGGGAAACAACAACAAGCUAGGCAUCAUGAGGCUUCCUAAAACACUGCUAUGGGCGGCGUUUCUCAUCCAAAAGGUGGUUGCAGAAUAUGGCAUGGCUCACUUCAGUGACAAGGACAAAAGCAAAGGGAAAGAUUAUUGCAUUUUCUUUAACUCGCAGUGGGCUCGGCUUCCUCAGGACCUCAAAAAAGCUUCCCAUCUCCAGAUCUAUGACUUGACGAGCUCCGUGCUGUGCUCUGCGUCGGAAGUGCCGGAGGGGGGCUUCCCAAAUCGCAUCCCCAUGGUGCUGAGGGGAAACUGCACCUUCUACGAAAAGGUCAGACUGGCCCAGAUCAAUGGAGCCAAGGGUCUGCUCAUCGUCAGCAAAGACAGACUGACGCCACCAGCAGGAAACAAAACUCAAUAUGAAGAGAUUGACAUCCCUGUUGCACUGCUCAGUUAUGCAGAUAUGCUGGAUAUAAGCAGAAGUUUUGGUAAAGGGCAGCUGGUGGCCAUGUAUGCCCCCAAUGAGCCUGUGCUGGACUACAACAUGGUCAUUAUCUUUUUAAUGGCCGUUGGGACAGUGGCUAUCGGAGGAUACUGGGCUGGGAGCAGAGACAACAAAAAGCGUUACAUGAAGCACAAGCGAGACGACAGCGCAGAGAAACAGGCGGAGGAUAUGGUGGACGUCACUCCCAUCAUGAUCUGUGUGUUUGUGGUCAUGUGCUGCAGCAUGCUGGUGCUACUCUACUUCUACUAUGACUACCUCGCAUUUUGGGUGAUCGCCAUCUUCUGCCUGGCCUCAUCUGUGGGGCUCUACAGCUGCCUCUGGCCCUUCAUACGCAGACUGCCUUUCUGUAAAUGCAGAAUCCCAGAGAAUAACCUUCCGUACCUGCACAAGCGUCCUCAGGUUCGCAUGUUGCUGCUGUCGGCCUUCUGCGUCGGCGUCAGCAUCACCUGGAUGGUGUUCCGCAAUGAGGACCAGUGGGCGUGGGUGUUACAGGACGCACUGGGCAUCACCUUCUGUCUGUACAUGCUCAAAACAGUCAGACUGUCCACAUUUAAGGCCUGCACUAUACUGCUGUCAGUCCUGUUUGUCUAUGAUGUGUUCUUUGUUUUUAUCACACCGUUCUUCACAAAGAGUGGUGAGAGCAUCAUGGUGGAGGUAGCAGCUGGUCCCUCAGACUCGUUCACACAUGAAAAGUUACCCAUGGUGCUCAAAGUGCCCAGACUAAACUCCUCCCCUUUAGCGCUGUGCGAUCGGCCCUUCUCUCUGCUGGGCUUUGGGGACAUCUUAGUACCAGGUUUAUUAGUGGCGUACUGCCACAGGUUUGACAUCUUAAUGCAAACCUCCAGGAUUUACUUUGUGGCCUGCACCAUUGCGUACGGCGUGGGGCUCCUGAUCACCUUCGUGGCCCUGGCUCUGAUGCAGAUGGGACAGCCCGCUUUGCUCUACCUGGUGCCUUGUACUCUGCUCACCAGCCUCACGGUGGCGCUGUGGCGCAGAGAGCUGACCCAGUUCUGGACAGGAAAUGGAUUUGUGCCUGCUGUAGCGCUCGCACCCAUAAACUGUACCCAGACUGCAGAGCCCACAGCAGAUACAGGGACCACCAAGCCCCAGACCCCCACAGAGGAAGUCCCAAGCCCAGAUCCAGACCAGAACCAGGACUCGCACCUGUCCCCUGACCCAAAAGAGGUGCUCCCGGAGGACACAGAGGACCGCAAAUCCAACUGAAGGACACUAGUCUUUUUCCUUCUCAUUAUCAUUUUUCAUAUUUUGUUAUCAGUAGAUGGACACUCAUUGAUCAUUGGCGCAAAAGGGAAGAAAUAUUUUUUGAAUUUGCUGGUUAAAAAGUGUUUUCAAGGUGUUAAAAUAGACAAAAAGUUCAGUUAACUCAAUGAGUUUCACUGUCUUAUCCUCGUACUGUUCGAAAACACAAACGUUAUAAGUUACUAAGCUGUUUCUAGAUUCAGAAUUAGGUUAUAUUGAACUUCAAAAAGGCAGCUGCGAAUCAGUAGGUAGGAGAUUUUUGGCAAAUAAUUAUUGGUAGUUAAUAAUUACCCAAAGCAAAGGUUGGAAUAAAGAAAUCUUAAGACUUUUUAAGGGAUAGUUUGAUACCUUGAAAAUUGGUCUUCUACCUCAACAUUAAGUUAUUUCUACGUAGAGCGCAAUCAGUUUUCUCAAAAUUAACAUCUCAAUUUUUAUCAACAUCAUAAGCAAAAUGAAAACAAACCUUAAUCUGAUAAUAUUUAAACUUUAUAUACUUGUACCGCAUUUUGAAAAACAAUCUAAAACACUAUCCCUGCAAUACAGCCAUACAAUUUUUAAACAAAAUGACUACAAUUCUCAAAAGAACACUAAAAAUCUACCAGUUUUUGCCCAUUUAUCUGUCUUCACGACUCUGCACUAUGACUUUGACUGAAAUGGUGCUUUAACACUGAGCCAAAAUUAGUUCAAGCUUAUUACGAUGAUGUCUUUCUUUAAUAAUUUUUGCAUGUUAUGUUUUUGAGUUUACCCCAGUUUUUUAAGCAGUAUAAUCUAUGGAGAAGGAUUGUUGGCCUUUUGGUUCCUUGUUGCAAUGCCCUCUGCUAAUAAUGCCAUCCUUGAUCACAUGUGGAGAUGUUAAAAUGCAGAUUUCUUUGUGAAUUUACUUUUUAGAUAUUUGGAUAAUCAAUACGGAAAUCUGAGAAUCGGGAAACCACUAAUUAUAAGUUCAGUCUCUUGGUUCUGUGUAUUUUAGUGGAAGCCAACAUACACAUCAAGCUGUAUUGGUGUUGAACAUCAAUAAUUUGGAUAAUUUUUGUUCAAUUCUAACACAAGUUCACUAAAACAUUUUGAAAUAAUUGAAAUUUUGGAAGAAAAAGGCUACCCAGAUGCAUUUUUAAAGCUAUCAUUUAAUCAUUUAUGUGUUUAUAAUGGUGUUUUUCCUCAGAUUUAUACCAAUAUCUUCAGAUAAAGGAUCAACAUCUUUAAAUCUGUCAUUUUUAUAAUUUGAGAUUAUAAUUAUAAAAUGAUGCCAGUUUUAGCAGAGGGCACGGAGCACAUUGUCUUAAUAGGUUUGGGCCUUAAUUGUACAAAAUGGAGGUUGAAAGUUGAGUGCUGUAUUUCUAUUUGCUGCAUUUGUGUGAAGCAAGAACUGAUGAAACCAAUGUUAGACUAGUUUAAAACAUCUGCACAAGAUUUUUCAAUGGACGAACUGAAUUACUCAGUACUAAAAGUUAUUGUUUAAUUUUUUUUGUGCGUUUUGACGGCAGCCAGCAGAAACACAAGCCAUGAACAUAAGGAACAUGUUUUGUUUUUUUUCUUCAUCAGUUUGUUAUCACCAAGUGUUUUUUAAUGCUUCUGUUAAAGAAGUAUGUAUUAUAUUACAAUAAAGGAACAUUGUAUUUAA